AUGACCCCGACAACAUCAUGGCCCUCCCUCCUCCUCGGUUUCACACUCCUCUUCUCCCCACUCGCAACCUCAAUCCCCCUCCCCCUCCCAGCCAAGGACUCCAAUUGCAACAACCUGAACCCUAGUUCGGGUCCCGAAACAGGGCUGCAGCCUCGAUCUCCGAUCCCUGACCCUCGCAUGAUUCCAGGCCAAACAGACGGUGUUGCAAGAAUCCUUGCCGGACUAGGCCUGGAGAAAUUGGCCAACCUCAACAAGCUGAAUCCGGAGGAAGAUACCCAGGAGCAGGAGCAGGAGCAGGCGGAGAAGAAGCAAGAUGCUGUUCCAAUUGACGACAGCAAGAGCAAUACCCCGACUGUGACGGCUCACGACAACGAGCCGCCUGUCGACAACCAGUCUAACCGGGUGGAGCCGGUGCACGGAAACAACAAGCAAACUACGGAGAGCGCGAAGCCUAAAGACAAUGAAAAGGCUAAGGACGCGAACUCGUUGAAUCCAGCAACCAACACCGAUGGCUACCUGGAUAGUCUAUUUGAGAAACUGAGGACCAAGAUUCGUGAGGCCUUUAACAGCAGUGAUGAGGUUACGCUUAACUAG